AUGGCGGCGCAGCAGAUCAAGGUGUCUCAGCCUAGCCAGCCGGCCCAGCCAGCCAGCCCGCGCCGCCACCACCUAGCUCCCGCCGUGCCCGACAGGGACUCGCCGGAGUCCGGCUUCCCCACGCCGCCGGACGCCCCCUUUGGUCAAGGAAGGCCUCGGCCUCGUGCCUUUAUAAGGUUGGCCCCGGACCCCGCCUCCUCUCCUCCUCUCGCGCCGCCACCCCACGUCCGAUCCGCCGUCGGCGAGAUCCGCGCCGCAACCGCCGCCAUCGCCGCUUCUCGCCGCUGCCGCACCGCCGCCGCCGCUCCACCGCCACGCCGCCUCUUGCCUUCGCCCGCGCCGCCGUCCCGUGCUCCGCCCUUGCCGCGCGCUCGCCUCUGCGCCGCGCCGCUCGACCCGCCGGACGCCGCCGCCCCGUCGGAGUUCGCCGCCACCUCGACCCGCCGGACGCCCGACCCGGUCCGCCGCCGAAAACCGUUGGGUUUCGUUGAAAAUCCGAACCGGUAA